AUGGCAAAAUUGUAUGCUGGUAUAUCAUAUGAAAUUCAACUACUUUAUUAUAUAAAUCCAAGCCACUUUUAUGUUUAUCUUCGAGAAAAAAUCCGAUCACAUAAUCAGUUGCAAAACAAAUUGCAAGAAGUUGAAAAAAAUCUUUCACCAAUAUCAUCAUCAGUGAAGUAUCGAGCAGUUGCUGUAGAAGAUAAUAAUGCUAUGUGGCUUCGUGAUGUUAUGCUCGAUUUUAGUUAUGAUUUACAGAAAUUUCGGAUUUAUUUUAUUGAUAUUGGACAAAUAGAAUUUAUUCCCCAAAACAAGUUACGUCAAUUGCCAGACGAAUUUUUAAAUGAACCAGCUCUUGCUAUUCCAUGUCGUUUAUAUAAUAUAGGUCCAAUAAAUGGCAAUGAACAACCAAUAUGGAAACCAGAUGAUAAAGUGCAUGAUGAAUUUCAAAGGCUUAUGGUUAAUUAUAUUACUUGCCAAGUAGUACGUCCACAACAAGAUCAAGUAUAUUAUGAUGUUGAAAUCAUAGUUCCUGGCAAGCCAAUUAUUAACUUAGUCUAUGUUUUAUUAACUAUCGAUGAUCUUGGUACAUUUCUUGUUAGCAACAAUCUGGCUUCUCGUCCAACGAGUAUUUCUCAACAUUCGACCAUCACUUCAAGUGAACCGUCACAACUUGCUGCACCAGGAACAACUUUAUCGGGACGACAAACACAAACAACUACUGGUUCAACAUCAACUGUUCCAACUGUACCACCUAUAGUAAGUGCUACGGAAUUUUAUGCUUUUCCUUAUUCUCAUCGAGAUACAUUUGAUGGUGUAUGCAAAGAUCUCAAAGCUUAUUAUGAUAGUUUUGUUAAUGAUCAAUCAUUAAAUGUAACUGUUAUUUUGGAUGGUAAUCUAUGUGCUAUUCAACAAAGUGAUAAAUAUUAUCGUGUUAUAAUAAGACGUCGUGAAAGUCAAUCAAAAGUAUUAGUUAAACUUAUUGAUCGUGGCGAUGAAAUUAUUGUUCAUGGAUCAGAAUUAUUACAAAUUGAUAAUAAAUUUUCUACAAUACCAGCAUUUGUCCAACCAUUUUGUUUACAUCAUUGUGAUGAAUCAAAUUUUUUCAGACGUUUGGGUUCAGCCUAUUGCUGCUCAUGCACACCACUCUGUAUCUUUUUUUCUUUACUUGCUGUACUUUUAAUCGCUGCAGGUAUCGCCGGAUUAAUUAUCGCGCUGAUCAAACCUACGACAUCAACGACUUCACCAGCUGUUGUCGUAAUAACACGGUCAGGCGAUCCGAUCGUAGGCAUAUAUAGCACUACAGCUGGUGGGCCUACGGGUGCUUCGAACGGUAGAUAUUCUAACCCUGGUGAAAUGCCCCCCGAAGCUAUUGAUGGAUUAUCAAGUACGAAGUGUCUCAAUUUUGGAGUUCAAGGUAGCCCAAGUGCCGUUCUACUAGGCCCUGGAGUCGGUACCAGUUUUUAUGCAACACCAGCAAUAAGCAGUGCUUCGGUUGAGAAGGGUCUUCUUUUUGCUAGUGCAAAUGAUUUUCCAACUCGUGAUCCAAUUACUGUCACACUCGAAAUAUACAGUGGUCCAACAGGGAUUAAUCCUGUAGCUGCUCCUGCUCGUUCUACAUAUAUGCUACAACAAACUUUUUCAAAUACAAUUGCUUUUAGUAGUUAUCGAUUAUUGGUUACAUCACAACGUAGUCUAAGUGAUGCUGUUCAAUACGCAGAAGCUGAAAUAUUAGGAUAUAUUUGA